AUGGAUCCAGUUGAUGAAAACGAAGAAUUCGAGAAACCAGAGGACGAGACUGUUGAAGACGAGACAGUAAAUGAGGAUGAACAAAGCGAUGAGCAAUCUUCGAAUGAAUUCGAAGAAGCAACGGUGGUUGAGCCAAGACGUUCAAAUCGUCAACCAAAAAAGAAGAAGAGAAACUCCAGUGAUUCCGGAGGCGAGGAAGAACCCUCUUCAGCAAGCGGCCACAACGUGGUUCCACUCUCCAACGUCGACAACUUAAUUCAUAUUGGAAGUGAAUAUCAAGCAGCGAUCGAUGAUUUUACAAGCACAGAGGACAUUGUGUUGUGUACAGAAGAUCCAGAUCGGGAUGAGCUGGUUUGGAGAACACCGAGUAUCGUUGAUGAAAAAAAAUUGGAAAUGUAUGUAAAUGAGGCUGUCGGCCGCUUCCGACUUCCAAUCGAUAGAGCGCUUUACAUUCUCAUGAAGACUCAUUAUAACUAUGAAGCUGCUGGAGGAGAGGCCUCGAAGCGGCGUCAAAUUCGGGAUAGAUGGACUGAGGAAGAGCGUGCUAUUUUCACUAACGCAUUCCAUGAGCAUGGAAAAAAGUUCGCCGAAAUCAGAUCAGCGCUUCCACAUCGCUCAAUGGCGUCCAUUAUUCAGUAUUACUAUGAUACGAAGAAAAAUGCGAAUUACAAGACUUCGUUGGAGGUUAAGCUCUCGGAGCUUGAUGGAAUCGACGAGGACGAAAUAAGUGAUGAAGACGACAAUGAAGAUGACGAUCGCGAGAUAAUGUUCUACCGCGGAACUUGCGAAAAUUGCGGAGAGAGAACUGAAAAACUGUCAUAUAAUACAUUGGUGCAACGCAAAGAAUGCCAACCAUGCCUACAGUAUAUGCGUUUGAUGGGUGCUCCAAGGCCAGUGUCAUUACGGGAUACGACAAAAGAAUUAAAGCGGGUUCAUAUUCGUUGCCCGGAAAGAAUGCGUAAACAUGUGGAACGAUAUGAGGAAUUGUCAGCACCGGCGACUGGCGAUCCUACAACUCGGCUGAAAAUCGGCCGGAAGAAGGCUGUAAAAGAAGAAGAUGAUUGCAUGAUACUGGAAGCAGCCAGUGCUCGUCGUCCAUCAUCUCCAUUAAUUGUUGAACCGUCAGUAUUGGAUGGGCUUGUUGAUCAAGACACUUGCCGAAUGACUCGAACAUUUUCCAGCGAAGAGGAUAUUAAAGAAAUCGAACGUCUCAAGGACCGUAAUUCACUUCCAAUUAUGCUUGUAUGGAGAAAAAAGCAAACGAUUUGUAUGGAAGAUAUUGAAAUUCUCGGAGAAGAAGCUCGCCGAAAAAUGUAUGAAGCGGCGCAGUGUUUCGCGAGAGUCAAUCGGCAAGACGUGGCCAAUUGGAAACAAGAAAUGCAGAUUCUCAAAUCGCGAGUUGAGCGAAAAUCCGCUUCGAUGGAGGGCGAUUUAAAAUCACAGCGCAAUCGUCAACACAACUUCCAAUGGACGGAUCAAGAGAAGCAAGAUGCCAUUCGCUGCUUCCAUUGGUAUCAAGAUGAUUUCGAUGCAGUCGCAGAAAUAUUGGGAAACAAGACAGCCCCUCAAAUAAGGCAGUUUUAUAAUGAAUUAGGCGAAGAUAUUCUUGAGUCGAUCAAGAAGUAUCAGGACGAGAUGCGCGAGAAAAUUGUACAGAAUAACAUAAUGGCGCAAUUGAAUCAGACACCGGCGAAAAAUAACCAUCGCUUCGAUCCAACUAAGUAUAUUCAUUUGGAUUAA